AUGUCCGCCGGCAGCGGCAGCAUGGACGUCGACGGCGGCAGGAAGGACUUCAGCACGGCGAUCCUGGAGCGUAAGAAGGCGCCGAACCGCCUCCUGGCGGACGACGGGGAGGGCGACGUGGUCCCCGACAACUCCACGGUGGCGCUCAGCCCCGCCGCCAUGGAGGAGCUCGGCGUCUACGUCGGCGACCUCGUGCUGCUCCGCGGCAAGCGCCGCCGCGAGACCGUCUGCUACGCGCUUCCCGACGAGUCGUGCCCCGAGGGCCGCGUGCGCAUCGGCCGCGGCGUGCGGGGCAACCUCCGCGUCAAGCUCGGCGAUGUCGUCACCGUCAACCGCCGCGUCGCCGCCCCCCACGGCACGCGCGUCCAGGUCACGCCCUUCGAGGACUCUAUAGGCGGCAUCUCCGGCGACCUCUUCGAGGCGUACCUCAAGCCCUACUUCCGCAACUACCUGCGUCCGCUCUGCAAGGGCGACAACUUCAUGGUGCGCGGCAACAUGCGCGCCGUCGAGUUCAAGGUCGUCGCCACGGAGCCCGCCGACUGCGUCCUCGUCGCGCCGGACACGGUCAUCUUCUGCGCCAGCGACGAGCCGAUAAAGCGGGAGGACGAGGAGCGCCUCGACGGCCCCGGCUACGACGACGUGGGCGGCGUCCGUAAGCAGCUCGCCCAGAUCCGCGAGCUCGUCGAGCUCCCGCUCCGCCACCCCAAGCUGUUCCAGACGCUCGGCGUCAAGCCGCCCAAGGGGAUCCUGCUCUACGGCCCGCCCGGCACCGGGAAGACGCUGCUCGCGCGCGCCAUCGCCUCGGAGUCCGGCGCCCACUUCGUCGUCGUCAACGGCCCGGAGAUCAUGUCCAAGAUGGCCGGCGAGAGCGAGGCCAACCUGCGCAAGGUGUUCGAGGACGCGGAGAAGCUCGCUCCGUCCAUCAUCUUCAUGGACGAGAUCGAUGCCAUCGCCCCCAACCGCGACAAGACCCACGGCGAGGUGGAGCGCCGCGUCGUCUCGCAGCUGCUCACGCUCAUGGACGGGCUCCGGCCGCGCGCGCAGGUCGUGGUCAUCGGCGCCACCAACCGCCCCAACAGCCUGGACCCGGCGCUCCGCCGCUUCGGCCGCUUCGACAGGGAGCUCGACAUCGGCGUGCCGGACGAGCUCGGCCGCCUCGAGAUCCUCCGCAUCCACAGCAAGGACAUGCCCCUCGCCGACGACGUCGACCUCGAGCGCAUCGGCAAGGACACCCACGGGUUCGUCGGCGCCGACCUCGCCGCGCUCUGCUCCGAGGCGGCCUUCCAGCUCAUCCGCGAGAAGAUGGACGUCAUCGACGUGGAGGAUGAAACCAUCGACGUGGACGUGCUCAACUCCCUGCGCGUCUGCAACGACCACCUGAAGCACGCCAUGGAGGUGACCAAGCCCUCGGCGCUGCGCGAGACGGGGCUCGUGGAGGUGCCCAAGGUCUCGUGGGAGGACAUCGGCGGCCUGGAGGACGUCAAGCUCGAGCUCCAGGAGACGGUGCAGUACCCGGUGGAGCACCCGGAGAUGUUCGAGAUGUUCGGCAUGUCGCCGUCGCGCGGCGUGCUAUUCUACGGCCCGCCGGGGUGCGGCAAGACGAUGCUGGCCAAGGCCAUCGCCAAGGAGUGCAAGGCCAACUUCAUCAGCGUCAAGGGCCCCGAGCUGCUGACCAUGUGGUACGGCGAGAGCGAGUCCAACGUCCGCGACCUCUUCGACAAGGCGCGCGCGGCGGCUCCGUGCAUCCUCUUCUUCGACGAGCUGGACUCGAUCGCCGUGAAGCGCGGCAACAGCGUGGGCGACGCCGGCGGCACGUCGGACCGCGUGCUCAACCAGCUCCUGACGGAGAUGGACGGCAUCAACGCCAAGAAGACGGUGUUCGUCAUCGGCGCCACCAACCGCCCCGACAUCAUCGACCCGGCGAUGCUCCGUCCCGGCCGGCUGGACCAGCUCAUCUACAUCCCGCUCCCCGACGAGCCCUCGCGGCUGCAGAUCUUCAAGUCGUGCCUGCGCCGGUCCCCGGUCUCGCGCCGCGUCCACCUGCCGGCGCUGGCGCGCCUCACGGCCGGGUUCAGCGGCGCCGACAUCACGGAGAUCUGCCAGCGCGCGUGCAAGCUGGCGGUGCGCGACGUGAUCCAGCGGAGCCUGGCAGUGGGCAAGGCCGCGGCCAUGCGCGGCGCCGAGAUCGGGCUGGGGCACUUCCUGGGCGCCCUGAAGCACGCGCGCCGGAGCGUUAGCGACAUGGACGUGCUCAAGUACGAGUUCUUUGCGCAGCGGCUCAAGGGCGGGAACUUCGAGGAGGAACCCAUCAUCGCGGCGCCGAUGGGGAAGGGGCCGCUCACGAUCACGGAGAUUGAGGACGACGAGGCUGCCAUGAACGAGGACUCGCUGUACUAG